AUGGCACUCAGCUGUCUUUCUUGGGCUGAAGAUAAGACAGAGGUUGCUGUCUCCUGUCCAGGAUACCAGACGGCCUUUAAAAGCUCCUGCUAUGAGUCUGUAGAUCUCAAGCACACUUUUUUCAGUGCUCAGGCUUGGUGCGAGCAAAAAGGUGGACACCUUGCAUUUAUUCCAGAUGAAGACACUCAAUAUUUCUUUCAGAGAUACCUGGACCCAGAGAAGGACAUAUGGCUUGGGGUAGCACCUUCUGCCUCGCCAAAACUGCUAUUUUCUCCAACUGACAAAGGUCCUCUCUCUUGGCUGGAUGGUUCACAUAUCAUCUACUCAAAUUGGAUUAGCAGCCCGCAGCCAGGAGCAGCUUGUGGACACAUACUGAAAAAUUCAGGCCUCAGAUGGAAAGCCACAAGAAACUGCAACCAAAAUCUACACUUCAUCUGUCAGUAUGAGUCUGGGAGAUCCAUUGUGUGUGAAGGUCGUAACACUACUUUGCAGUGUGGUUCUGGUCAAGUGUUAAUGAUAGAUGGUGGCUUCUAUGGUCGCAAGAACAUUUACUACUGUCAAUCCAAACCCUCUGCAAUAACAACAUCCACACAUCAGUGUGGCUGGGUGGAUGCUCACUGCCACGGCCGUCAGGUCUGCCACAUUGAAAACUUUGUGGACUCUUUUGGUGAACCCUGUCCUCAGCUGGGGAGUUACCUGUCUGUGGAUUACCGCUGCAAAGAUGGGCUCACACUGUCAGUGAGCACAGUGGCUGCUGUUUUCAGUGAUGUCACCAUCAGUGUGAAGUGGCUUUUACAUUUGCCCAAAGGAAACAUUAGCUGUACACUGAGUGCUGGGGACAGCCAUGUCAUUUAUCUACAAGGUUCAGAUGGGCUGGAGAGCAGCGUGGUGCACAAAUAUACCCAUCCGAGUGCUUUCAUUGUGGCAGCAGAAUGCACCAGCGAUGACCUACACAUUACAGCUCAGAAAAAAAUAACAAUUCAAGAGCUUAUCACAGAGUUCGGUGUCAUCAAGUGCAAUGCUGGAGACAUGUCUUUCAUGGCAACAGACUGCAAAGCCCUUUAUGGAGAGCCAUUUAAAAUUCAAAUUGAAGUAAAAGCAGGGACAAAUGUGACCUACAGAAUCCAGAGGGGUGAUGUGUUGCUGUCCAGUGUAUCUGUAGCGAAAGGAAUUUUACCCCAGAAUAUCACAGUGACUCCAGGCAUAGUAAAGCAGCUUGGGACUGGCUGCCACCGACUGAUCCUUUAUGCAUCCAACAUGGUCACAUACCCUGAAGUAUCCACAGAACUGCAGGUGUGUGUGCUGGAGGAUGUAGCUGGACUGCAGGCCUCUCUGUUGGCAGAUAGGGGCGACUGUCUAGACUCUUCAGAUAUUACCAGAGAACAACAUGUUAGAGUUGUCAGAGGAGCUCCACUCACACUCAUUGCAACACCUUCAGAUACAAUAAAUUCCAAAAAUACACCUAUCACACUUUCAAUGCCUGCAGAAUCCUAUCCAACUUCUGAGAACGCUCAAGCGGAUGCUGUGCCUAUUCAUGCAACAUUCACCAUAAGGACAUCACCUUCAGAUCCUGUUACCCAGAAACCAGUUACAACUGUGACAAGAGCAGAACCUGAAGACAGCCACGAAGAAACUGAUGACAGCCACGAAGAAACUGAUCCCACUGUUGAACCUGCCAAUACACCACCUGGCAUUACUAUUGUCACCACUGUCACUGCUGAACCUGCCAAUACACCACCUGGCACUACUACUGUCACCACUGUCACUGCUGAACCUGCCAAUACACCACCUGGCACUACUACUGUCACCACUGUCACUGCUGAAUCUGCCAAUACACCACCUGGCACUACUAGUGUAACCACUGUCACUGCUGAAUCUGCCAAUACACCACCUGGCACUAGUAGUGUCACCACUGUCACUGCUGCCCCUGGUGGUACAACUUCACAAGCGAUCAACAACAAUUCUGAUGAGCUCUCAUGUAGCAUAUCACCAAAGAGUGGUAAGCUGUUGCGUUGCAGUAGGAACAGUGAGGCGAAGUCUGUAUUCCUUCCUCUUGGAGACAGCAGUUCCAACUUCAACCUGGUUAUUACAGCAACUGCAAAACAUAAAAGCUUUGUAGCAAGUGCCACUAUUACUACACAGGUGCUGGAUUCUACUGCGGCCUCCAACACUGUAGACCAUCUCCAGGCUUCAGUCACGAAUGCUGUGGCUCAACUUAAGAAACAAGGCCUACUGUCAGGAGUAAAUGUGGGACAGCUCUUCACUUCUGUUUCUAAUAAACUGAAUGGCCAAACUGAUAUAUCCCAAAAAGAUGACAGGCAAAAGCUUCGUGAGCAGAUGCUGGACGUAAUGGUUGGUGCGGUUAAAGAAGUUCCCAAUGAAACUCCAGGAGAAGUUCUGGUCACAGCAAAAGGUCUUGCUUCUAUCACCCAGAAAGGUGCAGAACUCAGUGUCUCUGCUCAGGAAGAGGCUUCAUUAUUGAUUGAAAAUCUCAGCUCGUCUCUUCUCCACAUGGGUGUGAAAGAAAGUGAAGAAAACAAGAAAGAAAUGCACAAUGCAGGCAGCACUGUUGUAGAAGGAGUGAGCAAUAUCAUGGACUAUUCUUCCAAUAAAAAGAUCUCUGAUGCCCUUCUAGUUGCUCUGACAAAUGUACAGACUGUACUGUUAAGAUUUAAAAAGCCAAAUGAGCCACCAACUACUAUCCAGCAAGGUCAUCUUAGUAUGUUUGUUAAAAGAGCAACACCGGCAACAUUGCACAUUGAGCCCAUAAAUAUUCCCAACUGUUCCUGCUCCGAAUUUUCCCUCCCAAUCCUACCUUCAAACACAUUUCCUUCUAAGGAUCCAGUGGAUAUACGAAUGCUGAGUUCGGAUAAAAAUCCAUUUUCCUGGAAUGAGAGAGGGAACAUCAGCGGCUUAGUAGGUCAUUUAUCCCUCACGACAAAAGAUGGCUCUACUAUACUUGUGGAGAACUUGAAAAAGGAUAUAGAGAUUUUGUUGCCAAGGCCUGUUGGAGAGCAGGUCAACACUUCUGUAAUGGACUUGAGGAACUACAGCACAACAAACAUUGAUAUUCCUUCGGAUGACACUACAUUGGUGUUAAAGAUGGUGCCGUCAGAGGAUCCUUUACCCUUCAAACUCUUUCUUGGUCAUAUGAACUACCCCACUGAGACAAAUUAUGUAGCAAUGACAGAGAUGCCUCAUCAGGGAACUACACAAGAGGAGAGAUACACUUGGCUACUAGACCCUCAGAAGUUAAAGGGAAACAUUGGAGUGCAUUACCUUGUAGUGAGGCCCAUAGUGGGCCCAGGAGUAAAAUUCGUCAAUGCCAAUUUAUCAAUUACCUCCAUUGUUACUGCAUGUAAAUUUUGGAAUGAGUCACUUUUGGACUGGAGUGAUAAUGGGUGCAGGGUAAGUAGAAGUAAUUUUAUCUUUAUGUCAUGCAUAAUGUUGCCUAAACUUUGAUGACAGAAAGUGUUCUUGUCCUCCAAGGUUGGCAUUGGGUCUACACAUUCAGUCACCCAAUGCCUCUGCAACCACUUAACCUUCUUUGGAAGCUCUUUCUUUGUCACUCCUAACCUUGUCGACCCAUCACGCACUGUUGAGCUGUUUGGGACCUUUACUGAAAAUCCUGUGGUUGUGUGCUUCAUGGGGGCGAUCUUUGUAGCCUAUCUUUUAGUGGUUGUGUGGGCACGACGAAAGGACAUUCAAGAUGUGGCCAAGGUGAAGGUAAGCGUGCUAGAGGACAACAACCCCAUGGCUGAGUACCGCUACCUGUUGAGUGUUAGCACUGGUCAUCGGAGAGGAGCCUCUACUUCCUCUCAGGUGACAAUAACACUGCUUGGUGCAGAAGGAAACAGUGAGCCACACCACAUGACAGAUCCAAAGAAAUGUGUAUUUGAGAGAGGUGCAGUUGAUAUAUUCCUACUAACUACACCGUUCUCCCUGGGAGACCUGCAGGGCAUCAGGCUGUGGCACAACAACUCAGGGAAGCAUCCUGCCUGGUAUGUAGGCAAUGUCAUGGUGCAGGAUGUACAGACUGAGCAGAAAUGGCAUUUUCUGUGCAACUCCUGGUUGGCCAUAGAUAUUGGGGACUGCUCCCUUGAUAAAGUUGUUCCUGUUUCGACAGAUAUGGAAUUGAAAAGCUUCAGUAAUUUAUUCUUCUUGAAGACAACAAGGGAUUUCAGUGACAGACACCUCUGGUACUCUGUAAUAAGUCGACCAGCUAGCAGCACCUUUACUUGUGUCCAGAGAGUGUCCUGCUGUUUCUCCCUGCUGCUCUGUACAAUGUUGACCAGCAUCAUGUUCUAUGGCAUCCCGACAGACCCUUCAGAGCAGACCAUGGACCUGGGUCACUUUGAGUUUACCUGGCAACAGUUCAUGAUUGGAGUACAGAGUUCUCUCAUGAUGUUUCCAGUAAAUAUUCUCAUUGUUAGCAUAUUCAGAUACACUCGUCCUCGGGAAACAUCUUGUUGCAAGCGCAAACGAGAAGAACCAGAUGAACUUGAGCAGGAGAAUACCUCACAGUCUCAUCCCUCACAGAUUGCCACCAGCAACAUGAACACCAGUGUCACUAUAGAUAGUGUCAUCAAGGAUAUCACAGAAAUAGCCAAUUCACUCUCCAAGACUGUGAAAAGCAACAUACCAUGCAACAACUCUGAAUUUGGACCUGGACAACAAGCUGAUAUCAAUGCUGUCCUUUCUGUGGUGGAGGACUUCAUCAGGCAGAACAAGAUCAGUGAGAACACCCAGUCCAAAACACAAAACCUCCACAGCUUUGUACAGCCUCAGCUCCCAGAAAUCAGUGAUACUGAGCAUGCUAAGACAACAGUGGAUGGAAUACAGAAGAUGAGCAACAAAACCCAGUAUCUGUACCAGCAGCUGUGUCACAUUGACAAGGAGCUGAGUCUGCUGGGACCCUCCAGAUACCCUACCUCAAACAGCUACAAUCAGGCUCUGCAGCAAGUCCAGGGCAUGAAGAGCGUCCUGGAAGAUCAGUUGAGCAUUGCAGACACCGACGGUGAUGGUAAUCAGAAGAAAAAGAUGUGCUGUCAUGGAGGGUUACCUUGGUGGUUUAUUUUUGUCGGCUGGCUGCUAGUAAUCGGAACCAGUUUUGUAGCAGCAUAUUUCAUAAUGCUUUAUGGGCUGAAGUUUGGAAAGGAACGCUCUAUAAACUGGUUGAUAUCGAUGAUUGUGUCCGUUUUUCAGAGUAUCCUUGUUAUUCAGCCAUUGAAGGUACUAUGUCUCGCAGUGUUCUUUGCUCUUGUAAUCAAGAAAGUUGAAGAGGAGGAUUUGGAAAAUGUGCCAAUAAAAGGAAAUGACAGAAAUUCAGAUGACUGUAAGGGCACACAAACUGUCAGACGGGACAGCAGCCUUUAUGAACCACCUCCUCCUGCAGACAUUGAGAAGAUGAGGAUGAACAAGAUAAAGGAGCAGAAAGCCUUUGCCCUCCUCAGAGAGAUUUUGACCUACAUGGGGUUCUUGUGGAUGUUGCUGCUGGUGGCGUACGGCCAGAGAGACCCAAAUGCUUUUUUCUUGAACAAACACAUUCGAAAAAGCUUCAGUGGAGACAUCACAGACAGCAUGAGUCUUGGAGAGGUGUUCACUUGGGCCAACACAUCUCUGCUCAAUAACCUCUUCGGAGUUUAUCCAGGAUUUAUUACAGAUGGAAACUCCAAACUAGUUGGCAAUGCCCGUCUUCGUCAAGUGAGAGUACGGAAGAACUCUUGUGAGACUGCAGGCUCCAUGCUACAGUUUGUGCCAGACUGUUUUGCUUCAUAUUCUUGGGAAGUGGAGGACACAGGCUCCUAUAACCCAGGCUGGAAUCACUCUGUGAGAGAUAAUAUCUCUAUGAGCACAUUUGGUCCCUGGGAGUACCAGACAGAGGCUCAUCUCAGAGCUUACCCUGUCUGGGGCCAUACAGUGCUCUACAGAGGAGGGGGCUUUGUUGCAGAGCUUGGCCCAAAUUCACAAAAUGCCAGCAGCACCCUUGAGCAUCUAUUCACUAACAAAUGGCUGGAUACACACACAAGAGCGAUCUUUGUCGAGUUCACCGUUUAUAAUGCUAACGUGAACCUCUUCUGCAUUGUCACACUCUUGUUCGAGACCACAGCUGUAGGAGCAUUUCAGUUUCACAGUGAGCUGCACACUAUUCGUCUUUACCACUCAACUGGUGGUCUUCACAUCUUCGUUAUGGCUGCUGAGAUCAUAUAUUUACUGUUCAUCAUCUAUUACAUGUUCCUGCAGGGCAAAUUAAUGAAGCAGCAGCGAUGUGCAUACUUCAAAAGCAAGUGGAAUCUUCUUGAGCUUACCAUCAUCCUACUGAGCUGGAGCGCCGUGGCCAUCUUCAUCAAGAGGGCUCUGCUUUCGAAUCGUGAUAUGGACUACUACCACAAUAACAAAGAGCAAUUUGCCAGUUUUUAUGAGACAGCCACCACUGACGCAUUGCUUCAACAUCUGAUUGCCUUCCUGGUUUUGCUCGCCACAAUCAAACUAUGGCACCUGCUAAGAUUGAACCCCAAGAUGAAUAUGAUCACAGCCGCACUGCAGCGAGCCUGGAGUGACAUAUCGGGUUUUGUUGUGAUUAUUGUGAUCAUGCUUAUCGCAUAUGCCAUUGUGUGCAACGUCCUUUAUGGCUGGAAGAUGUACUCUUAUAAAACCUUAUUGGAUGCUCUUUUGAGAAUCAUCAGCCUCCAGAUAGGCAUGUUUAACUAUGAAGAGGUUUUGGUCUACAACUCUCUACUUGGAGCAUUACUUAUUGGUUCCUGUAUUGUGUUCAUGUCCUUUGUGGUGAUCAAUUUCUUCAUCUCAGGGAUUCUUGAGGCAUUCAGUCAAGAGCAAAUACAACACAAGCCAUCAGAGGAGGAGGAGAUUGUCGACAUAAUGUUGAAGAAAAUCUGCAGUCUUUUUGGGAUCAGAUAUCAAGUUACAAAAGACACCCUGGGGCCUGACAUGAACAGCGGUAGUGGUUUGACUUUUAAUAACAGCAAAAACGUUCCUAGGAGUACCUCAGUUGAAGUAAACAAUAUUCAGAUAUCUGACAACUUGGAAAAUCCCUAG